UGCAUAAGCAAAUCACUUACGAGCAAAUGCAUGAAUUUUACUGCAUUGUAAGCAGACAAAAAGUACAGUAGCUACAUCUGAAGGAGAAACUCAUAAUAUUUUUUUACUCAGACAUCAGCAGAUUUCACUUCUCCAUCAAGGCUGACUGCUUCCUGAGUGAGAGCCAGACUGAGAAUAGUGAGAAGGACAGCAGGAGGGUAUCGCACAGCUGUGUUUUAUUUCUUUGGAAGCCAGUACCUAUCACAGCAGCUGCCGAGGACUAUGUGAUGCUUUCUUUUAUGGCAUACAGAGAAUGGCUCCAGACUGAAAGUCGCCUGCUCUGUCCAUCUGAGAUGACACGAAAUGGCUCCAGUAGAGAAGAAGGCACACUGUGGAGAUCAGCUCAGAAGUUUGUCUAGCUACGAUUCUUCUGACCAUUGAUAUGCAGAAAGAACUGGCAGCACGGUCAAAGAGCAUGGUGCUUGGAGAGUUGUCCCGGGUCUCCAGACCUUGCUCUCCUCUGGAUCAGGAGAAAGCUCUGAAGGCAGGCUGGCUGAAAAGACAACGGAGCAUCAUGAAAAACUGGCAGCUGCGAUGGUUUGUCUUGAGGACUGAAGCCCUCUACUUCUACAAAGACCAGGAUGAAACCAAGGCACAGGGUUGUAUUCCUCUUCAGGGCAGUCAGGUCAAUGAGCUGCUUGCCAAUCAGGACGACCCUGGCCGUCACCUUUUUGAAAUCGUUCCAGGUGGAAGUGGAGAAAAGGACCGAACAGGGAUAAGCCAUGAAUCUUUUCUGCUGAUGGCCAACUCUCAGAGUGACAUGGAAGAAUGGGUCAGAGCCAUACGUAGAGCUAUAUGGGCCCCACUUGGCGGAGGUGUCUUUGGGCAGCACCUUGAGGAAACCAUGCUUUAUGAAGUCCAAAGUGGCUCACAGGGACAAGUUCCUGUGUUGGUAGAACAGUGUGCAUGUUUCAUACGUGAACAUGGGCUCAAGGAAGAGGGUCUUUUCAGGGCCCCUGGACAGACCAAUCAUGUUCGAGAGCUGCAGGAUUCAUUUGACCGUGGUGAAAAGCCGGUGUUUGACAGUUCCACAGAUGUCCACACAGUGGCAUCGCUGCUAAAGCUGUACAUACGGGAGUUGCCUGAGCCUGUGAUCCCAUUCUCCAAAUACACACAGUUUCUCUCUUGUGCUCAGCUUCUUACCAAGGAUAAAGAAAUGGGUAUCACAGAGCUUGGCAAACAGGUGAAAUCCCUUCCUCAGGUCAACUACAACCUCCUUCAAUACAUCUGCAAGUUUCUAGAUGAAGUUCAGAGCCACUCAAAUGAGAAUAAGAUGAGUGUUCAGAACCUAGCCACAGUGUUUGGACCCAAUAUCCUUCGGCCUAAAGUGGAGAAUCCAGUUUCUAUGAUGGAAGGAAGCUCCCAGGUACAGCAUCUAAUGACUGUGCUGAUCAGUGAACAUUCCCGACUGUACCAACGCGAGGAGACCGAGACUAAGAUCCAGUCACAGAGAGAACAGAUUCCUGUACAACGGUGCAAAGUUGAAUGGCUCCCUCAAGAAGACGCUGACUCUGUGUCCUCUGCAGACGCAGGCUCUAAAACCCCUAAUGAGAAGCCUCCAUCUUGCUCAAUGUCAGAGAAAGGUGAAGACAGUGUGAGUGAAGGGAAGGGCAAGAGCAAAGAGGAGAAAAUGGAGGACAAAGCAGAUAGCAAAGCUGAAGGGAAAGGUGGGACUGAUAUAGCUGUUAGCCCCAGUAAACAGUCCAAAGCCUUACCCUCUUGGAGGUGUUCCUUUAAAGGCGGUGCAGCAUCUGGGGGUCCGAGGGGGAAAAUGGGGGGGUCAGCAGGAGACGUCUCGGCAGCUGGUGGCAGCAACUGGCUAAUGAAUGGUCUGUCAUCACUUCGAGCUCACAGACGCACCACGUCAUCUGGGGAAAGACUGAAAGACUCCACUCUGUCUCUGAAGGAUUCAACCCUGUCCCUUAAAGAAACCGCUCUUUCACUUAAGGACUCGCAGAGAGACUCUGAUGAAGACACCAGGACAAACACACCCCUCUCCCACAGAGCUCUUCACCAAUCCCAUAGACUGUCUGCCUAUGACAAUGUCGCUCCUUCCAGUCUAAGCUUGCCUACUGACACCUCCACCAUGUGGACCUCCUUUGAGAUCUCACUGGCUGACCCAGAGGAAAGUAAUAAGGCAGUAAAAUUAGGACCUGAUCAAGAAAGAUCUUCAGAGGUGAAAGACAGUACAAAUGUGUUGGAUCAUAGUGUAAACAUCAAUGACAAAGAUCCUGCAGACCAAGAACCAGAGACAAAUGAGAGUCUUACAAAUAUCGUCACCGAGCUCAAGCAAGAGUUGAAGAGUCAGAAGAAGAACUACGAAACCUCCAUUCGCAAGUUGGAGGAGUCCUGUUCUAAAUACCAAUCCCAGGUAAGUCGACUUGAGGAGGAGCUGGACCAGGAAAAGAAAAAAUUCCACAUGUUGGAGAUCCGAUUCAGGAACUCAGAAAGGGCACAUCAAGAUGCAGAGAACCGAAACGUCAUGCUCCAGAGGGAAAUGGAGGAGUUCUUCAAAACCCUGGGAGAUCUAACAACAGGAACAGCACGGACCAACUAGACCGGACCAACCUGCCUUCACCUGGUCCAUCAGAGGAAAAGUUUGAUUAGUGGGAAGACCAGCCAGCCCUAAAGCUUUGAACACCAAAUACCUCGACUGCAGUACUACUUGCCAUCGUGUCCUCUUUAAAGUGUCCGUCUUGUGCCUACGCUGACUAGUGCCGGUGCCAAACUAAAACCUCUUUGGACCAAGCACCUCUCCUUUUACCAUUCCUUAAAAUUGCUAUAAUAUACUUUAAAUAAUGUAGCUGAUCAUUUAUUAACUGAAAUCUAUGAGACCAAGAAAAGCCUUAUUAUUGACAUGAGGUAGUCUUCCCAUAUUCAACUUGUUUACUUAAGCUAAGAACUCAAAGAAAUUUCAACUUGACAAUAAAAAAAGACAACAUUAGUCAUUAAAAUUCAACUCAUUUAUUGGUUGGAGUUGAAAGUUGACAGUUUCCAAUUUUGAUGUACAUAAUUGGUCUGUUAGUGAGGCAACUUCAGUUCCAAAGGCUAAAAGUCACACACAGCUGGCUUUUACUGAAACACAUAACAGGAUAGCUUUUUGCUGUCAGUGUUUGACAGAACCGUCCGAAGAGUGUAGCAUCAUCCCAGUGGGGCUGAACGGCUUUCCUCAUUUCUUCUAAAUAUACCUGCACUAAACCAGAUUUACUCAAGGAAAACUCAUGCGUAGUCUAUUCUUUCUAUUAUUUCUAUUUUGAGGAGAUGGAAAAGAGAAGAAUUUCAAAAAGAUGAAGCCACAACAGUCAGUGGAGAUGUGGCACGGAAAGGGUCAGGACAUGCGUCACAAUACCCAAAGUGCAUUCUGGGAGCUAAUGUGAGGGGUUACUGCCCGGCUGUAGUCAGUUUCCAAGUAUGACAAGGGCAAAGGGACAGGUUGGGUUUCUCAGCUAUCAAAUACAUCCAAAGGUUACCAUGGCAGGUAGCAAAUGACUGUUUGCUGACUCUCAGAAAACAUACUUACAUCUACAGUAAAAUGUACAGAUUGUUCACUGGCUAGACUAAUCCUAAAUUAUAUUGCACAGAAAACUAUUGAACAAAAAAAAAGAAACAAAAUGCAUAUAAAUAGUAAUUCUGAAUGAAAUGUACAUUACAUACAAUAGAUGCCUCAUAGCUUGAAAUAAAUAAAUAAAUAAUUAAAUAAAACAAAUACAGAAAAAAAGAGUUUUUCUCGCAUUUCUUUCGAAUGGUGUGUGCCAUGAUAUACAUACUGUAUCUUCAAAAAUGUGAGUGUGUGCAUGUGCAUGUGUGAGGUAGAACUCAGAAAGAUGCACCACAGAAGAGAGGAGCACCUGCCACGGAGAGGACUGAAAAAUCACUGAACUGAGUAAGGGCACUUAAAUUAAAAAUCUUAAAUAUCAGACAGUUGUGAAGUGUGUCUGAACAAAAUCGGCCAAAAAAGGGUAAAGUGACUAAUUCAGACUUGGUCUCUGGUGACAGUCCUCAAAUACAGCACUCAUUCUAGCCAGUGGAGUGGCCUAAUAUUAGUGUGUUACAGCGCUUUAGAGCAAUCAUUGGCUCCUGACCUUAUCGCAUUUCUAUUCACUUACAUUCACCCUGUUCUUCCUCACCAAACAGACCAGCACUUAGAAAUUACAAUUAAAUAAACACCUUAAAAUCCAGUCAGUUUUACAGUACGCUAUAUU